AUGGCAGAGUAUGCUGCAAAAUUUGAUGCUUUGGUUCGCUAUUGUACUCACUACCAUGGUGAAUGUGGUGAAAGGGCUAAGUGCAUUAAGUUCGUGAAUGGCCUUCGUCCUGAGGUAAAGACAACAAUCAAUUAUCAAGAUAUUUAUCACUACCCGACGCUUGUCAACAAGUGUAGAAUCUAUGAUCGUGACAACCGUGCACGUGCCGCUUUCUACAAGGGGGUUGGAGGUCCUAUGCGUGCUGGAAAUUCUGGUGCUUUGGGUAGAAGUAAACCUUACUCCACUUCUACUAAGUUCCAAGGGAGUCGAUCUGUUGCUAGUGGGAGUAAGCCUUAUGUUGGGGGGUCUGUUGCGAGUGGCACAAGGAGUGUUGGAGGCUCCGUUUCUACUCCCGCGGAUCGAUGCAAGAAGUGUGGACGGCGAGGCCACAUUAGUUAUGAAUGUCCUGACAAGGAUGUUACGUGCUUCAAUUGUAAUGGAAAGGGUCAUAUCAGCUCCCAGUGUCAACAGUCGCUGAGACCACGUAUUACAGAAUUGAGUUCUCAAGUUGGGCGUCCGAAGGCUACUGGGAGAGUAUUUGCUCUUAGCGGUGCUGAAGCUGCUCGGUCAGAAAAUUUGAUACAAGAAUUGCGAGAGAAAGUGGAGGUGCGAAAGGAAUCCUACUUUAUUGAUUCUUAUUAA